AUGGAUGAGUCUCUUCUAUAUGAAACAAACCAAGAAGCAAGAGAGAUCACCACCAAACAACCACCAUCAUCUCUCAAGGAUCUCUUAAGCGACCGGAGCUUCCUAAACGACCCUGAUAUAGCUCCCCUUUUCGAGCUCUCCAACUUCAACAAGAGGCCAAGCCUCACGAACCGGUUGUCCUCUGCUCCAUCGAUUUUCAUUGGAAAUAUUGGAAAACUACGGCACCAUGCAUCCUCCCAACUCCACAACUCAUUCUCUAAAUCCAACUUUUGCACAUUCCACUGUGCUACUCUCGUUCUUCUUCUCACUGGCAUCAUUGUAAUGGUCACUGUUUUCUUGACCACCAAAGGUUUCAAGGGCCAUUUCACUAUCAAACCAGUUGAUGCAAUGUACUAUAUAGUCGUCACUCUUUGCACAAUUGGCUAUGGUGAUAUAGUCCCGGACUCUACAUUGACAAAGCUCCUCACUUGUUUCUUCAUCUUGAUCGGUUUUGGGUUCGUCGACUACGCAUUCAACUCCUGGAUCUCCCACAUUUUCGAUUCCCAACAUGCUCUUCUGUUGGAGUUCAUGGAUGAAACCCGGUUCGAGAGAUUGGCUGAAAAGGCACCCAGUGAAGAGAAAUGGUUCAAGAAACUCAUUAAGACAUACAUCAUGGAUAUUGAGAAGAGGAGAAUGAGGAUUCGAACAAGGGUCUGUUUUGCUUUGUUAGCUGUUGCCUUGUGUAUAACUAUUGGGAUAUUUGGGCUUCAUUACAUCGAGAAAAUCAGUUGGGUUAAUAGCUUUUACGUGUCUGUUACUUCUGUGACUACAGUUGGUUAUGGAGACUUUUCAUUUCAAACAUGUCAGGGGAGAAUUUUUGCCAUUGUUUGGCUCUCCAUUAGCACAUUUGCAGUGGGUCAGUCUUUUCUCUUCUUGGCUGAGUUGAGAAUUGAUAAGAGGCAUCGUGAGGCUGCAAAAAUUGUUCUUCACAAGAAGAUUAAAGCUGUGGAUUUAGCUGCAGCAGACCUAGAUUAUGAUGGAGCCAUUAGCAAAUCUGAGUACAUCAUAUUCAAGCUUAGAGAGAUGGGAAAGAUAGCAGAGACUGACAUUAUUCAGAUAUGCAGAGAAUUUGAUUCACUAGACCAUGGCAAUAGAGGGAAAAUCACUCUUGCUGAUGUAGUCUAAAUGCCAAAAGAUCAUUCUAUACAAGAAACAACAUUGUCAAAUUUUCUUCAAAUAGUAAAACAAGCAAGUCAAAUUAGUCCCUACAAGUAAAGUUGUGAAUA